AUGCGUCCGUGUCGUUACGAUGGUCAACAAACGUCACUCACUUCACCAUUUUCGUUUUGGCCGCGUUAUGAUGAAGAAGUGGGGUGGAUGGAGGAGGAGGAAAGUGGACUUGCCAACGGCCGUGCAAAGGGCACAGCCAAUGCGACGAUAUGCAAUGGGCGUGCGAGGAGCAGCAGCAAGGAGAUCGGCAUUAAGGCGAGUGUGUGGAAUAAGAAAGCCAUAAACAUUCAUGGCUCUGAUCUCAAGCAGUGUGAUGUGGGAAGGAAGAACAUUCAUCCUUGCGUCAAAUCCUCCAAAGCAUCAGGAUUCGCACAGACAACAGUCCCAACGACAUUAUCUCACAGAAGCACCUCAAAACGAGUCCCCGAAUUCGCCUCUCGCACUCCCUGGCUCGAGCGUCCGCGUAGCUCCAAGGUUCCAGUGAGUAGUUUGCGCAUCAAUCCAGCAACCGUUGGUGCUCCAAAAUGCAUGUCGAGGAAGCCAUUACUAUCCCUGCUGCCCGACCCGCCUCCACAGCCACAGCCGCAGCCACGGCCACGGCUACAGCCACAAUUAUGCACACACGCACAAGCACGCACUAUCGCCAACAACAUCUCCAUGCGUAGCCCUCGCCAUCUGCACCCAUCCUCGAGCACAACAAAUCACACGAAGUGCUGCGCCUCCACCCCCAUCAUCACUCUCCAUUCGCACAAGCAAAAGUGUGCAUCGCACACUGCCGCAAGCUGCUCAAGCAAUGCCAAUCCACAAAGCUCUCAACCACGCAAUGCCUUUGUCAGGAGGAUACACCACGUGUUCGACUUCGUCCACUUCCCCUUCGGCUGGAAAUUCAAGAAGUUGCGAGACAAGCACGGCGGCAUAUUCUCACCACCACCACCACCACUGCAAAGCACCAAGCUGCCGCUUGAGAAGGUCGCAUUCAUGCAUACCAAAAUGCCUCUGACAAGGCCGCUCAUCACAAUCCAGUCAUGUGAUGGGAGGUGCUUUAAAAUUGUGCACAGAGCCAAGCGAUAUGCCAUGUGCAGCAAUAACACUAAUGAUGAGACGAAAUCCACGUCGUACGAAGAGGUGCUUUACCUCACGCCACGUGGUGGUAAUGUCUUUGAUGACUCGCUGGAAACAGUUAAUUUCAUUGCAAAUUAUGGCGGAGUGCGACUUCAUUCACACCAAGUGGGACACGCGUGUGAAAUUGUGUUGCGCUUCUCCUCUCUCCACUCACUUGCAUCCCUACAGAUCCCGCAGAGAGCAGCUUUGCGGUGUUACGAAAAGAAAAACUGCAGACCAAUUGACAGUACACCACGGAUUCUCCCUCAUGACUCGGUGGUGAAACACACACCUGCUGCUCAGACCAUGAGCAAAAUUAUGCCCGAUACGAUGUACAACCUGCUCUCGCCCUCUACAGAACAGGAAUUUGAAAUGCCCCCUGUCAGAAUUGCUACACCUGCAUCACCCUUCCUGUCAGAUGACAAUGUCUACUGCAAGGCACUUGGCAACCGCUGCCUGUUAGACCUCGCCUACUUUCUGUAA